CGGCUCCGGGCUGGGGGCGUCCAGGCAGGGCAGAGGCCCAGGGCGGUUCGGCCGUGAGGCGCAGCCGAGCGGGGUCCCGGGCGUCCUGACGCCGCCCCGCGCCCCACCCCGGCGUCGGGGAGACCCCACGCGCCCCGCCCCCGCCGGGCCCGCCCCCCUCUGGCCCAGCCCCGGCCGCCGACGCGCUUUGAAAGUGACCCUGGGCUGGGCGGCCGCGGGGCGGCGGCGCCGGGCACCAUGACAGAAGAUGACCGAGGCGGCGCUGGUGGAGGGCCAGGUCAAGCUGCGGGACGGCAAGAAGUGGAAGAGUAGGUGGCUGGUGCUCCGCAAGCCGUCGCCCGUGGCAGAUUGCCUGCAGCUUCUCGCCUACAAGGACCGCUCGGAUCGCGCCAAGGGCCUGCGGGAGCGCAGCAGCGUCACGCUGGAAGCCAUCUGCGGCCUGGAGCCGGGGCUGGCGUUCGAGGGCCUGGCCCACACGCUGGCCAUCGUGUGCCUGCCGCAGGCUGUCAUGCUGGGCUUCGACAGCCGCGAGGCCAUGUGCGCCUGGGACGCCCGCAUCCGUUACGCGCUCGGCGAGGUACACAGAUUCCCGGUGACGGUGGCGCCGGGCACCAAGCUGGAGAGCGGCCCAGCCACGCUGCAUCUGUGCAACGACGCGCUGGCCCUGGCGCGGGACGUGCCGCCCGUCGUGGGGGGCCAGUGGAGGCUGUCAGACCUGCGGCGCUACGGCGCGGUGCCCGGCGGCUUCAUCUUCGAGGGCGGGACCAGGUGUGGGUACUGGGCUGGCGUGUUCUUCCUGUCGGCGGCCGAGGGCGAGCAGAUCAGCUUCCUGUUCGACUGCAUCGUGCGCGGGGUCUCGCCUAGCAGGGGCCCCUUCGGGCUGCGGCCGCUGCUCCCAGAUCCUGGCCCUGGGGUCCCUGGGGCCACGCCGGACCGUGUAGCCCAGGAGGCCCUGCGUCUGGAGAAGCGGCUGAGUCUCCUCUCGCACGCGGGCAGGCCUGGCAGCACAGGGGAUGACCGCAGCAUGUCCAGCUCGUCCUCAGAGGCCAGCCACUCAGAUGUCAGUGCCGGCAGUCGGCUUGCUGCGUGGCCAGAAUCAGCCUCCGCCGGCACCUCGCAGGAGGGCGGCCAGGGCCCCGGGGAGGCUGCGCCGGGCGCCUCCCGGCCACCCCCCCAGCCACUGCGGCCGCGGCCACUGCAGGAGGUCGGCCGCCAGGGCUCCUCGGACAGCGGCAUCGCCACGGGCAGCCAUUCCUCCUGCUCGGGCAGCUUCUCGUCGUGUGCGGGCAGCAGCCUGGACAUGUGGUGUGAGGCGGGGGAGCGGGGCUCCCAACUCAGCCUCCCACCCGAGCACAGCCUGUGUGCCUGCCCGCCCGCCGCCGAGUACCAGGUGCCUAGUGGGCUGCGGCCUCACUACGACACACCGCGCAGCCUGUACCAGGCCUCUGGGGACCAGAGCCGGGCUGGGCAGGGAGGCCCCGACGGAGACAACGCGGCCCGGGACUCAGGGUGUCCCCCUGGCUGGCUGGGCACCAGACGCCAGGGACAGGCCACAGAAGUGCUGCCAGCCACCCCGUCCGGCCCAGCCCUGGGCGAGCCGUGGGAGGUGGGGAGCCACCAAGCCGGGCCCCCCACAGCACUCUUUUCUACCUGUGCUGUGUGUGGAGGCCUCAAGGGAGCAGCGGCCACACCCCUGGGGCCCCCUAAGGCGCAACUGGGAGGCCCCACCUAUGUGAACAUUCCGGCCAGCCCCACCGCCAGAACGCAGCCGCUCUACACGAGCCUGGAGCUGCGGGAGGCCCGGGCAGGGGUCCGAGGGACCGGAGCCUCGUGCUACGCGCAGAUCGACGCAGUGGCCACGGCGGCAGCGCAUUGGGCUGGGGCGCGGCACGUGCAGGCCCGGGCGGAACAGAGGAAGGAGGCCCCACGCUGACCCGAAGACCAGG